GAGGGCCUUGAGGCUGUGAAGAAGUAAAGGCGUAGAAUCAAAGUAAUUUGGUGGCUUCCAUGAUUAGCAGUUAAAGAGAAGAGCAUGAUCACACUCUUGAAUCUAAUCCAUUAUCAAUGGAUUUUACCUUUAACAAAUCUCUCUUCCUCCAAUUCAGAUACAGAAUCUAUGCCUCAAGAUUUGGUUGUGAUUAUGUGAUAUGCUCCAAUUCCAUCGCCCUCUUCAUUGAGGCCCACUUUCUCUCUCUUCUCGCACCAACAUAAAUUCUAUUUUCUUUUACUUCUACUUCUGCAAGCUCAAUAAAUUAUUCUUUAAAGCUUCUGAAAACCUCAUUCUUCAAAUUAUUUUACAGAAAAAGAGGGGGAAAUCCCUUUCAUACAAAAGGGCAAAAAAUUAUUGAAAAGGAGGAAGCGAAGACACCCACUCUUGGAAUUAUUUUAGUAAUUUAUUUUGUAUUUGCGUAUAUAUAAAACUAUUUAUUAUUAUACAUACUGUUACGGAUAAGCUCGGGGGCCGAUGCCAACGCCGGUGGGCGUAGCCCGGCAAUGCUUGUCGGACUCGGCGGCGGCGGUGCUGGACGACGCCGUGGCGGCAGCGAGGCGCCGCAGUCACGCACAGACGACGACGUUGCACGUGGUGUCCGCUCUACUGGCUGUGACUUCUUCUCCUCUCCGUGAGGCCUGCACACGCGCCUGGAGUAGCGCGUACUCCCCACGGCUCCAGUUCCGCGCGCUGGAGCUCUGUGUCGGCGUCGCGCUCGAUAGGGUUUCGGCGUCCAAAUCCGCUGCCGCCGACGAGCCGCCGGUGUCGAACUCUCUGAUGGCGGCGAUCAAGAGAUCGCAGGCGAGUCAGAGGCGCCAUCCCGACACGUUCCAUCUGUAUCAACAGCAGCUGAACUCGGGCUCGCAGAAUACACAGUCGAUUUCUGCGGUUAAAGUUGAGCUGAAGCAUUUCUUAACGUCGAUUUUGGAUGAUCCGAUCGUGAGCCGCGUCUUCGGCGAUGCGGGUUUCCGAACUCAGGAGAUAAAGAUGGCGGUUCUCAACCCUCUCUCCAUUUCCAGAUUCGCCGUGACGGCGUCCCGGCCGCCGCCCCUGUUUGCGUGUAGUCCGGAUAAUUUCGAGCUGGACAGACGCGCUCACAGUUUCCCCUUUAUCGAUGCUGCUGCCAUGGAGAAACACGAUGAGAACCACAGAAAAAUCAGGGAAGUUCUGUUGAAGAAAACUAGGAGAAAUCCCUUGCUCAUUGGUGCUUCUGGAGGUGAUGCUUAUAGGAACUUUUUGGAUUGUUUGAAGAAGGGCGAAUCCGGAGUUUUGCCUAAAGAACUUGAUGGAUUGACUGUGUUAUCGAUCGAACGCGAGAUUUCCGAGUGUAUCGGUGAGCGUUUGAGCGAAGCAAUGAUCGGGUUGAAGUUCAAAAAAGUUGAUGAAUUAGUCGAGAAUUGCCAGGGGGCCGGGAUCAUCGCCAACUGUGGGGAUUUGAAGGAAUUUUCGGAUGUUGAGUUGCUGGAAUUUGUUAGGAAUGUGGUGUUGAAGCUGAAGAGGUUGUUGAUCAAACAUGGUGGAAAGCUGUGGUUGAUGGGGUUCUUGGCAGAUGAUGAUGACUACAAGAAGCUAGUAGAGCAGUUUCCUUGUAUCGAGAUGGAUCUGGAUUUGCAUCUGCUGCCCAUCACUGCUUCCUCCAUAGGAGGAAAACCUUUCAAGUCCAGCUUGAUGAGGUCUUUUGUUCCAUUUGGUGGAUUCUUCUCUAUGUCUUCUGAGCUUAAAAGUCCAUGCACAAAUGUUACGAAAACCAUGAAACUAUGCAGCUCGUGCAAUGAAAAGUAUGAGAAAGAAGUUUCUGAUGUUCAGAAGGGAGUUUCAACUGAUUCGGUUGCUGAUAAACAAUCAGUGAAUCUAUCUUCUUGGCUGCAAAUUGCUGAAUGUGAAACAAGCAAGAAAUCUUGCACGGAAGAGGCUAAAAAAGACAAAACUAUAUUGGAUGCAAGAAUAUUGGCCUUGCAGAGGAAAUGGAGUGGCAUCUGCCAAAGGCUUCAUCACUCUUGGACAUCUCAGGUGGAUACAACUCUAACGAAGCCACAUACUUUUGUUGCAACAACUCUGCAGCAUGUGCCCAUACGAAAAGAGGCAGUUAGUGCGGGUUCAUUAUCCGGUGGAAACAAUGUGACUAAUAUGAGCCCUUGCAUGCCGCCAGACUGGCAAAAAAAUUCUCCUCCAAAGCAAAAUGUACCUAGACCUGCCGAGUUUAGUGCCAGUGUAAUUGCACAGGCUGAAGUACCAGCGCAAGGUUUGGGGUUGAAUGAUUUUCAGAAGUCAUCCAGCUCUAAGCAAAGGACAAGCCUGCCCAUUGCUUGCACAUUUUCACCCUCUGUUGCCUCUGUGGCCACAGAUUUGACACUUGGAACAUUUUGUGAUUCUUCUGAGGAGUUCAGAAGAAAUCCCAGCUUGCAAGAUGAUUGCAGUGGUCUUCAAAACUCUGAAUCAUCUAUGAGUCAACUUUCUCAAUCUUCACCUUGUUCUCAUCAUCAUGGAAAGCAGAUGUAUGCAAAAGACCUUGAACACCAAUGGGGUGUUCUGGCUGAAAAGGUUUAUUGGCAGUCAGAAGCCAUUCAAACUAUUGGUCGAACUGUGUCACAUUGCAAAAAUGAAAAUGCUAGAUAUCAUUGCUCAAAAAAGAGGAACGUUUGGCUCAGCUUUGUGGGGCCUGAUAAAGUGGGGAAGAGGAAAAUAGCUGCAUCUGUUGCUGAGAUAGCAUUUGGUAGAAAGGACCACUUGCUAUAUUUGGAUCUUUGUGCUGAGGGUACGGACCCAUUCGACUACAUUGUUGAUUCUUAUGACUCAAAGUACCUCAAAAUGCAGCCUGGGAGGGAACUGAUAGUUGAUUACCUUGCUGGAGAGUUGAGCAAGCAUCCCGACUCCGUUGUGCUCCUUGAAAAUGUUGAAAAGGCUGAUUUCGUGGUUAGAUGUAGUUUAUCUCAAGCCAUCAAAACAGGUAAAUUUCCAGAUUCACGUGGCAGGCCCAUCUACCUCAAUAACAAUAUAUUUAUUCUUGCCUCAACUGUCGUAAAGGGCAGUAAACAUCUGCUUUUUGGCAAAGAAGCACCUGACUUUCCAGAAGAAACAAUUUUGGAGGCCAAAAAUAUGCAGAUGCAAAUUUUAGUAGAACCUCUUGGUGAUAUCUACAGCAGGAAUAGCACUACACGCGUUUCACUUUUCCCAAGUGAAAUCAUCUCUAACAAGUUCUGUUCCAGUAAAAGAAAAUUGAUGAAUGAUGGCUCAACCAAGGGUGAGAUAUCAAAACGUGCUUGUCAAUUGUCCAGAUCCUUUGACUUAAACUUGCCUGUUGAUGGUGGGGAAGAGGAUAGUGAUAUGGAUAAGAGUGAUGAUGAUUACUCGGAUGAUUCAGAGGUUUGGUUGGGAGAAUUGCUAGAGCAUGUUGAUGAAAAUGUGGUGUCCAAACCAUUCGAUUUUGAUUCUCUCUCCCAGAAGAUAUUGAGAGAGAUAGAUGCGCGGUUGAGAAAGAUAGUUGGAGCCACUGUUCUCCUAGAAAUUGAUAGACAAGUGAUGGUUCAAAUACUUGCAGCUGCAUGGUUAACAGAAAGGGGGGAGGCAUUGGAGGAUUGGAUCGAGCAGGUUCUUUGUUCGGGCAUCGAUGAAGCCCGUAAAAGGUGCAAUGUUGCUUCUGAUUUUGUAUUGAGAUUAGUACCAUGUGAAGGGCUUGUGGUGAAAGCACAAGCUUCUAGAGUGUGUCUUCCCGCGAAAAUAAAUGUUUAACCGAUAUUUUUUUCAAGUAUGCAUCUAGUAAUUCUCCUCAUGUCUUCGUCUCUGUUCAGGCCUGUGCAUUAGUCUCUCUUGUUGCAUAUAGUAGAAGGAAUAUAUAGUUUAUAGCUACUUCUCUGUUGACACUCAACUCUAUUUUUUGUCUUAUUUUUAUCAGGAUGUUUAUUGUAAUGAUAUAUGCAUAAUGGAAGUUGAAGGAUUAGGGUACCUCUUGCAUGUGGAAUAAAACAUUUUCAUGUUUCCAUC